UCUGAUCAUCCCCUAGAGGUAUGUGAUAAGGGUGGCCAAAUCAGAUACCAGAACAAAAGAAAAAUCCAACAGAGGCACAAACUGGAAGGGUGAGUUGAUAAAAUGACAUCGUUUUUUUUUUAAUCACCAGCGGAAGAAACAUAGGGCAGUCUUUGAAGAUUUAAAAAGGAGGGAAAAAAACAACACCACCAGGAAGUGGUAAGAGAAAAAAUAGUAAUCAAACUCAGGCUGUUUACACAGACUGAAAUAAAUAUGGAGUAAACAUUGUAGAUGAUAAAGGCUGUGUGGUUCAGAACCACACCAAAUUGUUGGAACUGAAGAAGUUGUUAGAAUCAGCUCUAACAAGAGAAACUGUGGAGAGGUGAAUUUCAAGGCUAGGGUGGAUCCCAAAAUGGGGAAAGAAAUUGGACCCCUAGAAAUGGCCAUCGGCAGCAUUCUUAACAUAGACUCCAGUUCUGAGGUUUGAGCUCCUGUUUCUCUCCAGUGAAUAUAAUUCCACCUUGUGCCUGAAUAAGUUCACUUUCUGGAUUGCUGGAUUGGUCAAACGGACUUCCUUUUCAAAUAAGGAUUUGGUGGGUUCUGUAUGGACCUAUGCAGGCCAGGAAAAAAUACAUGUUCAUGACUCUCGUUGCCACGUGGCUUCUGCUCGUUUUGUUUGGAGGAGACCAAAUAAGACACUUUGCCUUUUUCUCCAGCAAAAAAGUUGAAGUGCUGAAGACCUGGCCUUGCUGGGCAGACGGGUUUCUUCUCAAGAACUUUGCAGAUUCUGAGGAGCUCCAGAGCAAUGACAGGGGCCACAGUGACCGAUCUCCCAAAAGCCGGCAGGAGUUGAGGUUGAGUGUUUACAAGAACAGCAGGUGCCGCAUGGAGACUUGCUUUGAUUUUUCCAAAUGUAGGGAACACGGGUUCAAAGUUUUUGUUUACCCCCUGGAAGGAGGGGAUCCUGUAUCAGAAAGUUACCUCAAAAUCAUCACCUCCAUUGAAGGAUCACGUUAUUACACCUCCAACCCUGAUGAAGCCUGCCUGUUUGUUCUAAACAUUGACACCCUGGAUAGGGACCAUCUCUCCGUGGAAUAUGUCCAUAGCAUCAACGAGAAAAUCCAAGGUUUUCGGCUUUGGAAUGAUGGGCGAAAUCAUCUCAUAUUUAACUUGUAUUCUGGCACGUGGCCUAAUUACACUGAAGACUUGGGCUUUGACAUUGGACAGGCUAUUCUAGCCAAAGCCAGUUUUUAUGUUGAGAACUUCCGGCCUGGUUUUGAUAUCUCCAUCCCUUUGUUUUCGAAGGACCAUCCCCAAAAAGGUGGGGAAAGAGGCUGGCUGUAUCAGACUUCUCUCCCACCCAAGAAAAAGUAUCUCUUGGUUUUUAAAGGGAAAAGGUACCUGACCGGCAUUGGUUCUGACACCAGAAAUGCUCUCCGCCACAUCCAUAAUGGAAAAGAUAUUAUUUCUCUGACCACGUGUAAGCAUGGGAAAGACUGGGAGAAGCACAAGGACAAACGAUGUGACAAAGAUAAUACCGAAUAUGAAAAGUUUGAUUAUCAGGAGCUUUUGCACAACUCUACCUUUUGUAUCAUCCCCCGAGGGAGACGUUUGGGAUCCUUCCGGUUCCUGGAGGCUUUGCAGGCUGCUUGCAUCCCGGUCCUGCUCAGCAAUGGGUGGGAGUUGCCAUUUUCGGAGGUGAUCGAUUGGAGUAAAGCAUCCAUUGUUGGGGACGAGCGGCUUCUUCUGCAGAUUCCAUCUACGGUCCGAUGUCUGAACAGUGACAAAAUCCUGGCCUUCCAACAACAAACCCAGUUUUUAUGGGAAACCUAUUUUUCUUCUGUGGAGAAGAUUGUGCAAACCACUCUUGAGAUAAUAAAAGAUCGGAUAUUUCAUCAGGAAUCACGCCCAAAGUUCUUCUGGAAUACGCUUCCUGGAGGGUUGGUGGCCUUGCCAGAAUACUCCACUCAUCUCAACGACUUCCCUUUCUACUAUCUGCAGCAAGGAUCCAGCCCCUCCAAGAAGUUUACAGCAUUAAUCUGGGCUGUCUCACCAAUUGUCUCCCUUUCCCAGCCCAUCCUGAAGCUCAUCCAAGCUGUCUCCAGGUCCCAGUACUGCGACAAGAUUUUAGUCUUAUGGAGCUGUGAGAAGCCACCUCCACAGAAGUGGCCACCCACAACAGUUCCCUUGACUGUCCUUCAAAGCAGCAGCAAGGUCAGCGAACGGUUUUUGCCUUACUCUGCCGUUGGGACGGAUGCCGUGCUGAGCCUUGAUGAAUACGCCAGCCUUUCAACCAGUGAGGUUGACUUUGCCUUUGUAGUAUGGAGAAGUUUCCCUGACCGGAUCGUAGGCUUCCCAAUGCGCAGCCAUUUUGGGGAUAUCAGGAAGAACCAGUGGAGCUACACCUCAAAAUGGACCAAUGAGUUCUCUAUGGUUCUCACUGCAGCGGCGUUCUAUCACAGGUACUAUCACAGCCUCUUCACCAACUAUUUGCCUGCUAAACUAAAGAGCUUUGUUGAUCAAAUUGCCAACUGUGAGGAUAUAUUGAUGAACUUCUUGGUUUCGGCUGUCACCAAACUGCCCCCCAUCAAAGUGAGCCAGAAGAAACAGCUCAGGGAGAACCCAUCUCAGCAGCUACUAAAAAGUGUGCCCCCAUCCAACAGCAGCCUACAUUUUGCUCAACGCCAGGAAUGUGUCAAUCACUUUGCUGCCUGGUUUGGCUAUAUGCCUCUGGUGCAUUCUCAGUUCCGCUUGGACCCGGUGCUCUUCAAAGACCAGGUCUCUGUGCUACGGAAAAAGUACCGGCAACUGGAGAGGGACUAGAGACUAGCUUCGGGGAGAAGCACACUGCCACUCUUUGAGAACCUGCUUGGAGAAAAAGACACCAGCCACGCUGGACUGCAGCCACACAGAUUCACUGCCGACUCCAGGCCAUUAGUGCUAUCGCAGGACAUUGGGUCGCGUGCACUGCAUUGGUGCCCUUUGAACUUUGGAUACUGAAAGAUGAAUUUUCAGUCUUUAUUGGGUUUUACCAGUAUAAAUAAAGGUUUCCAGAAAACAAC